GGUAAACAUAGAAACAAUGGCGUCAACUAUAUUCAAAGUUUUUCUCUUCGCGUUUCUUACAGAUUGGAUAAUCAGCGCUCAUGCAGAGGAAUACGUAGUUCACAUAUAUACUGCAGAUGUACAGUUUGCAGGAACAAAUGCGCCUGUGUACGUCAAGUUCUAUGGUGAAAAUGGCUUAAUGCCUGAGACUGAGAUUGACACGCCUGGUAAUUCAUUCGAGAGGAACGCGCACGACAUCGCCAAAUUACGCCAUUCUUAUCUUGGGGCAAUAUCGAAAAUUGAAGUCAAAAGAGGAUCUGCCGACAUUUUCGAUGAUUGGGAUCUUGAUAGGAUUGAAAUUGAGGAUCCACGAAAUCAUAAAAAAUAUACAUUCGAGUGCAAAUGUGAAAUUGGUAAAAAAAAUAAAUGGUACAGUAUAAAAGUUAAGAAACCAUAUGGUUGUAAAACCGGGUAUAGCGUUGUCGGCGACAAAUGCGAAGAUGUAGAUGAAUGCCAGAAAAGUGGUGCAUGCAGUGAUCGCAAGGCAUUGUGUACUAAUACCAUAGGAAGCUUUCACUGCCGUAGUUGUAAAGAUGGUUAUACUUUUAAAGAUGGCAGUUGUAAAGAUGUCAACGAGUGCUUCAGUGGUGAAAGCAAAUGUAAACAAAAGUGUAUAAAUACAGAGGGAAGUUAUGAGUGCAGGUGUAGGCAGGGUCACACCUUGAAAGACAAGUACUAUUGCCCAGAUAUUGAUGAAUGCAAAACCGGAUCACACAAUUGUAGACACCCAGCAAAAUGUGUUAAUGAUUUUGGAAGUUAUACAUGUGAAUGUCCGAGUGGAUACGAGAGAGAUCCUACGGAUAAAUAUAGCUGUAGAAACAAGGACGAGUGUUCAAGUGUCCAUGCAUGUGACUAUAAAACAAGUAUAAAAUGUACAGAUCUCACACCGGGAUAUAGAUGUGAAUGCAAACCAGGUUUCUAUAAUGAGAAGGACAAUGUUUGUAAAGAUAUUAAUGAAUGUCAAGGGGGCCACUCAUGUGAUAUUGGAAAGUCUGAAUGUGUGAAUUUGGAAGGAACUUAUCGCUGCAAGUGUUUACCAGGAUAUAUAUCAUCAGUCGACGGAAAGAGUUGUGUUCCACGAAAAUGUGGCCCGGUUGCGAUACCCAAUGGCGCCGCUGUCCGUGAAUCCAGAUGCACGCAGCAAAAUGCAAACGAUUUUAUGCAGAAGUGUUCGUUUUAUUGUUUGGCCGGUUAUCAAAUAACUGAUCCACUUCAUACCCAGCUUACAUGUGAUUCGAAUGGUUUAUGGAAAGGAACUCCGCCUACGUGCAAACCCGUUACAUGUCAGCCACUUCAGGUUCCAGCCAAUGGCAGGAUCAGACCGAUUUCGUGUUCAUCUGGUGCUACAUACAACCAAACCUGCACCUUUAUCUGUAAUGAUGGUUAUAACAUACGUGGUGAAAAACACAUCAGGUGUUUGGCGGACAGAACAUGGAGUAAUUCUGCACCCUCGUGUGACAAAGUUGUUGGUGAUUUAUGGAUAACUUGCCCUGCCAGCAUAUAUGUUGAUUUAAAAUCAGGUGAAAGUUCUGCUGAUAUAAGCAGUCUCUGGAAAAGUCCUCAAACUUCGAAUGGGGCUAAAUAUCUUACAUCAUCACACAAAAAAACCGAUCGUUUUCCUGCCGGAACCAGUUUUGUAACAUGGUCGGUCUCAAACGACAACGUCCACUUUAAAACAUGCACAGUCGCAGUAAAUGUAGAAGAUAAGGAAUUGCCUGCCGCUGUAAAUUGUCCAAAACAUGAUAUAUUCAUCACAACAAAAAGUGACAAAGAAAUAGUAAAACUGCCCAAUGUCCAGUUCACUGAUAACGUUGCUGUCAAGAGCAUCGACUAUUCACAUCCCAAUCCUGUUGAAAUCAAGACAGGUCUCCAUAAAACUAUUGUUGUAACUGCCAGAGACGAUGCAGGGAACAUGGCGUAUUGCAGAUUUGGCGUGCAUGUAGAUGCUCCUGUUUGUGGAAAGAUUGACGCUCCAGUAAACGGUUCCAGAGCUUGUCAAGAAUUCCCAUACAUCUAUUGUGCGAUACAGUGCGUUGGUACGAAAGUUAUCUUUAAUGCUACUGGUAAAUUCGGUUAUCGCAUGUGGACAUGUGAAAAUUAUGAAUGGGUGCCAACGAAAACGGUUCCUGAUUGUGUCGAUUAUGUUCACUCAAAUGGAUCACCGUGUCCCAGUGGAAAAGUUAUGAUUACAACCACUUCACCACAAAAUCCAGCAAUGCCCGUGACAGUUUGCGGCGAUUGUCCGACCGGAACAUACUACGAAAACAAGGAGUGUAAACUCUGUCCUGCAGGGACCUAUCAGCAUAUCACUGGACAAUCUGGGCCAGCGUCUUGCACAAGAUGUCCCUACGGUACUUCAUCUAAACCAGGCUCUAAACGAUUUGAGGGAUGUAAAGCCAUAUGUGCUCCAGGUUAUUUCUCGGCAGAUGGAUUUCUUCCUUGUGAGUUAUGUAAACUUGGCGAAUAUCAAUCUAAUUCUGGAUCUAUAUCCUGCAAGCGCUGUCCAAGGGAUCGCAGCUGCACUCGAAAUCAGGGGGCUGCGUCUUUACAGAAAUGUGGUCCCUGUCCAUCAAUCAGUCGUAUUGAGCCAAGUGGAAAUGUAAAACGUAUUCGUGGUUCGUUGCUCGAGAUUUUCUGCUAUGUGGAUCAAACCACGUCUGGGGUUUACAAUGUGAGAUGGGCAUUCAACCUGGAUAGACCUGGUCAAACCAUAGGUAGCAAAGUUUACCAGAAGAAACUCAGAGAUGCUAACGGGAAACAGAUAGGUCUUAGAUUGUCUGUGCGUGAUCUGCAAGCCUCAGCUAGUUUUGAAUGUGUUCUGGAGAAUACGUAUUCAAUAGUGAAGAAAGCAGUUCAUGUAACAGUGAUUGACGCCAAUGGCAAUGGAGCAGCUGGAUCAGGUGGAGGCAUACUUAAUGACGAGAUGCUCUAUGAAAAGGAGUUGAUAGAAAUUUGAGAUAUGUUUCUUAACUCGUGAAUCUUCUCUCAC